AUGAUCGGAAAUUCAUUUCUGCCCUCGCGGUUCAGAGGAACCUCCUCUGCCACCGACACCAAUGCAUCCCCUAUGUGGCUCAGUAAAAAGGUCACACCACUUAUCCAGCUUCUCUCUCGACGAGCAUGCCUACACCCAAUCCACACAAUCGUUAUAGUUGCAGUUUUGGCGAGCACAACAUACAUGGGACUUCUGGAAAGUAGUCUUUUUGAUUCGGUCAAAGCCAGUGGUGCCGACAAAGCAACAUGGAGCUCUCUUGUUGCAGGCAAUCGUCAACUGCAGAUCGGUCCCGAGACUGCCUGGAAAUGGCAGGCUUCAGAUGUGGAAACCGUGCCAUCCAACGUGGAUCACUUGGCACUUUUGACAUUCGUCUUCCCAGACUCUGCUGCCGCCAAUUCUUUACAGGCAGCGCCGUUAGCGGACUCUGUGCCGUUACCACAAAAUCUUUCCGUCACCUCCCUUCCAUCAACUUCAAACCCUUUGGCAUCCUUAUCUCAGGACAGUGCUCUAGCUUUUGCCGUGCCCUACAACCAAGCCCCUGAAUUUCUCGCCAAAUCUCAAGAACUACCUAAUUCUGCUGCUACGGUUCCUACCGAUCCCAAUGCCCGUCAAGGACUCGAGGCAGAGCCUAUUCAGGAGAAAAAGAUGUGGAUCAUGAAAGCUGCAAAGGGAGAUGAGACUCGACGAGGAUUGAGGAGAUGGGCGUCAAAUGCUUGGACUGAAUUUUUAGACCUUCUCAAAAACGCCGAGACUCUCGACAUCAUCAUUAUGGUACUCGGGUAUAUAUCUAUGCACCUUACUUUCGUCUCGCUGUUUGUCUCUAUGAGGCGUAUGGGAUCAAAUUUCUGGCUCUUUGCCACAACUCUUUUCUCCUCAGUUUUUGCCUUCCUCUUUGGAUUGAUCGUCACCACCAAAAUGGGAGUUCCAAUGAACAUGGUAUUGCUGUCCGAAGGUCUCCCAUUCCUCGUCGUAACAAUUGGAUUCGAGAAGGCUAUUGUUUUGACAAAGGCUGUUUUAUCUGCAUCUCUUAACACCCAACGACCCCACCACGAAGUAGGAGAGAAAAAGUACGGGGUUUCUCCUACGUCCAUUCAAUAUGCAGUCCAGGUUGCGAUAAGUGAGAAGGGUUUCGAGAUUGUGAGAGAUUAUGCAAUCGAAAUCUGUAUCUUGAUUGCCGGAGCUGCAUCGGGCGUUCAAGGAGGUCUCCAGCAGUUUUGUUUCUUGGCUGCAUGGAUUUUAUUCUUUGACUGUGUCCUUUUGUUCACUUUCUAUACUGCAAUUUUGAGCAUUAAGCUUGAAAUCAACCGAAUCAAACGACAUGUUGCUCUCCGCCAGGCAUUAGAGGAUGAUGGAAUUAACCCACGAGUGGCCGAGAAAGUUGCCCAAAGUGACGAUUGGCCGAAAGCCGACGGUUCCCAGACUAGCGAAGCAAAUAUCUUUGGCCGUAAGGUCAAGGGUAGCAGUAUUCCAAAAUUCAAAGGUUUGAUGGUGUCUGGAUUCAUCAUAAUCAACAUUCUCAACCUCUGUACCAUCCCAUUCCGGGGUGGCAACAGCAGUGUUCAGCUCCCAGGCGCAGCUAUGUUUUCAGGAUCGAGUUUUUCAAGUGUUUUAACACCACCACCAAUGGACCCCUUCAAAGUUGCAUCUAAUGGCUUAGAUUCUAUCGCUGAGAUGGCAAAAGCUCACGACAAGUCAACAAUUGUCAGCGUACUUACACCAAUUAAAUACGAGCUCGAAUAUCCUUCCAUUCACUACGCUGAACCAGCAACCAAACAUCGUAAACAUGCUGCUGAUGAUUUUGACGCUGAAUUUGCUGAAUAUGGAAUGGGUGGCCGAGUUGUGGAUAACCUAUUGAAGAGUUUUGAGGACCCAGUCCUUUCAAAAUGGAUCGUUGUGGCUCUCACAUUGAGUGUUGUGCUCAACGGGUACCUCUUCAAUGCUGCUAAAUGGAGUGUUGGCAAGGAACCACUUCAAAUGCCUCCACACCAUGCUGUCGACCCUAAGGAGCUCGAUCAGGCUGAAAGGUUCAACAACUCUGCUUCUACACCUGUCUUGAGAUUACACAACAUCGACCCGAAUGCCAGCGACAAUAUACCGUUGACGCCAGCUAGAACACCAGCUACUACUGAUGAUGAGGAUGAUGGAUUAGUUAUGGCUCCUAAAUCUCUGAAUAAUGCCCAACCGCAAUUACGCCGAAGUCAACAAGAGCUCGAAAAGAUGCUUGAAGCUAAACGUGCGCCGGAGCUGACCGAUGCAGAACUCAUCGAACUAUCCAUGCAAGGCAAGAUACCUGGUUACUCCUUGGAAAAGACCCUCAAGGAUACUACUCGCGCCGUAAAGAUUAGACGUGCCAUCAUCUCACGAACCCCUGCUACCUCUGAAACUACCAGUCUACUCGAAAAUUCAUUAUUGCCAUAUCAGCACUACAACUACGACCGUGUUUUAGGAGCUUGCUGUGAGAAUGUCAUUGGUUAUCUUCCGUUACCUCUUGGUGUGGCAGGUCCGAUUGUUAUCGAUGGACAAAGUUUCUUCUUACCCAUGGCUACAACAGAAGGUGUUCUUGUUGCAAGUACAAGUCGUGGUUGCAAAGCCAUCAAUUCUGGCGGCGGUGCUGUUACAGUCCUUACUGGUGAUGGUAUGACUCGUGGUCCAUGUAUCGCCUUCGAGACCCUCGAACGCGCCGGUGCUGCUAAGGUUUGGCUUGACUCAGAAGCUGGCCAGCAGACUAUGACAGAUGCAUUCAACUCAACCAGUAGAUUCGCAAGACUUCAGUCCAUUAAAACUGCCUUGGCAGGUACCAAUCUCUACCCUCGUUUCAAAACUACUACUGGAGAUGCUAUGGGAAUGAACAUGAUCUCGAAGGGUGUUGAGCACGCUUUGAAAGUGAUGUCUACCGAAUGCGGCUUUGAUGACAUGGAAAUCAUUUCCGUCUCCGGUAACUUUUGUACCGACAAGAAGGCCGCUGCCGUUAAUUGGAUCGAUGGACGUGGUAAAAGCGUUGUUGCCGAAGCAAUCAUCCCCGGUGACGUCGUUCGUAAGGUUCUUAAAACUGAUGUUGAUGCAUUGGUCGAAUUGAAUAUUGCCAAGAAUCUUGUUGGAAGUGCAAUGGCAGGUGCUAUGGGUGGUUUCAAUGCUCACGCUGCCAAUAUCGUAGCUGCAAUCUUUUUGGCUACCGGUCAAGAUCCAGCACAAGUAGUUGAGAGCAGUAGUUGUAUCACACUCAUGAAGAAUCUUCGCGGUAACUUGCAAAUCAGUGUCUCCAUGCCUUCUAUUGAAGUUGGGACCUUGGGUGGUGGUACUAUCCUUGAGCCUCAGAGCGCCAUGUUAGAUCUUCUUGGUGUAAGAGGUUCUCAUCCAACUAAUCCUGGUGAUAAUGCCCGAAAACUCGCACGUGUGAUUGCUGCAGCUGUUCUUGCUGGUGAGCUCUCCUUGUGUAGUGCCUUGGCGGCGGGUCAUCUUGUGCAGAGUCACAUGGCACAUAACAGAAGUGCUCCAGCAACAAGAGCCAACACCCCAGGACCAGCAAGCGGUGCUCAAACACCAGUGACUGCAGCGAUGACGGCCAUGCGAGAGAGAGCUGGCGUAGCAGCCUUGUCUCCGGCUGCUGUGCUCAGAGCCGCCAGCGGGAAGAGAUAA